AUGCUGAAAUACCCCGAAUGGCACUGGCAAUCCGUGGAUGACUCGAUCAUAGUGUCUGCAUUUGGCAGCAAUGCAAUGAAACUUUCCCAACUCAUUAAGCUCUACGAUCUUUGUAUCACCGGUGAUGGCUUUGAUUUCCUUUUCCAUGGUUUAUCUUCGACCUUGCUGAAGGUCCAGGCACGGUCUGACCAACAAACUUCUGCGGCUUCGCAUGAUUUAAACAGUCUGGUUAACUUAAGAGGGCAAGAUGGGGAGAAGAAAAUAGAAGAAAAGGAGACAAAACUUGGUAAGGAGGGGCUGCUAGUCCACUGCGACGGGAACUACCAGAAUUUGUCUGUUGAGGAGGCAGACAAGCUGCGCGUACUGGGUAGACUUCUUUUGCCCAAGAUUAAGGUAUUCGCACGCGUUUCUCCCAGGCAGAAGGAAAUAAUUCUGGUAGAACUCAAGCGUCUUGGUUAUGUCACUCUGAUGUGCGGCGAUGGAACAAACGAUGUAGGCGCACUGAAGCAAGCGCAUGUCGGUAAACAAAUUUUCUUUUACUUUUACUAA